CAUCUCAGCCUGUGUAAGAGUGUGGGUGAUGUGAGGCGUUUGUUUGGUGUUUGUUUGUUUGGUUUUUUUUUUUUUUAAAUAGGGUGAAUAUUCUUUUAGGUCUCACUUCUGGAACUAAGCUCACUGGUGCAUGACAAGAUUCAGAAUAUGAUUAAAAUUAAAGGAGACUUGCAGGCCACAAAGGAAGAGAUAAGGAUAGCAACGAAUUCGUUGGACAGAGACAGAUUGAUGAGCAGCCUGAACAGCAAGUUGUGGUCUCUGCAAAGUGAUAUACAAACUCUACAUGAAAUCUGCAGGAACCAAGGAAGGACCUUGGAAGUGGAGGAGCUCUCCAUUCAUGAGAUGGAAAGCAAUAUAAGCCUGUGUAAGCAGCAGCUGCAAGCAGAGUUUGUGUGCUGUAACCAGGCCCGUCAGAUACAACUCCAUCAACUAAAGGAAAAAUUGCUGACCCUUCAGCAGGAACUGGAGAUUCGCACAGAAGAAUUACAGGCUUCUUAUUGCUCACUCUUACAAUAUCAGUCCAUCCUGGAUAAGCAGAGCUGUGACCUAGAAAUGCUUCACCAGCACUGCCAGAUGAAGGAGGAUGAGGUCACAAUCUAUGAGGAAGUGAUGGAGAAAAAUAAAGAAGAUAAUGUAAGACUGCAGGAGAAACUCCAAAUAUCUCAGGAACAACUUGCCUUGGCUGAAAACAGGAUCACCUCCCUGGAAAGCAGUUUGAAUCUUUACAAGGAUAAGUAUCAGGCAGCUGUGAAUAGCCUUGAAUUGCUGGAGUGUCAAAUGAAGGUCUUGGAAGGAGAUGUCAAAAUCAUCUCCACUCAGGGAGAAGAUGGCAAGAAGGAUCAGCCAAAGGAAAGAACUACAGAAUGUUUACUCUAUGAGCUGAAGGAGACCCAAAAGCGCCUGCACGAUGCAUUGAAAAAUGGCACUGAACAGGAAGAAGUUCUUCAGGAGCUUCGCCAUAAGCUCAUUUGCAGCAAUCUUAAAAUAUUGGAUCAUGAAGAGACUCUGAUAAAAUUAGAAGUGGACUUUGCUACCUAUAGAAUGUCCCACAGACAACUUUUCUGCCCUCCAGAUGAGUCAGAGGAUAUCAAACAGAUCUUGGCACAUCUUGAAGAGCAGUGUGAAUACCAAUGCCUCCGGGUAGAAGAGCACCAGUACCUUCUGAGGGACAUGAAGAAAGAACUGGAAAGAGUGUCAGAACAGAAGAAGAAGAUCAUGAAGGACCUCAUGAAGCUGGAGUUAGACAUGCACAACCUUUUGCAAGAGACAGCCACCCAAACAGAGCGUAAGGAUGGAGAAAUGAAGGACCUAAAGGAACACAUAAAGAAUCUGGAGGGCCAACUGAAAGAGUCCCAGACACUCUGUUUAGAGAAGGAAAAGGUCAUUCAGGAGAAAGAUGAAGACCUAUGUCAAAAAAAGCGGGAAAUAAUUGAAAUGCAAAAUACUCUUGAAGCAAAGGACUCAGAUUUAGAGACACAAAAGGCCAAAGUGGAAGAGGCAGAGGAUGCCCUCCAAGUGUUGAAGGAGAAAGAGGAAAAAUGUGAGACUCAGAAUGCUGCCCUGGAUGCUAAGAUCCAGCAGCUUCAGUGUAACCUGAAUGAGACCCACCAAGGACAGCUGAUAAUGGCUCAGCAGCUGACGUGUGUUGAAAAGAAGGCAUCCAUGCUAAAGGAUAACCUAGAUCUUUCCCAGCAGAAGCUGGAAGACCAGAUAGAUGAGAACAUGGAAAAAACUGAGCUUAUCAAAAAGCUAUCCUGUGAGCUCAAAAGACGACAGGAAGAUAAAUCCACUGUAGUGAAUCUCCUGGAAGCAGAAAGAAAGAAUACUGAAAUGCUGAUGUCAGAGCUUGAAGUAUGCAACAGGAAAUACCAUGAUGCAGAAAAGAAGAAUAUUGAACUUCAGAAAACAACGUGUGAUAUAAAACUACAGCUGAGUGAAAACCAAGACAAGACAGAGGAACUUAAAGACCAGGUUUGAGGGAAAGACAGGAAGUCCGCCUUUGACUUUCCUUUUCUCUAAAUAUAAACAUGCACCUUUAGAUAAGAAAGUG